GUUAAGAGAAACUUCAGCAGCGUAGCGGCGUCCUCUGGGAACACCACUGUGAACGGCGAGGACGGUGUCGAACAGACGGCCAUCAAGGUCUCCCUCAAAUGUCCGAUCACCUUCCGGAGGAUCCAACUUCCAGCCAGAGGUCAUGACUGUAAACAUGUCCAGUGCUUUGAUUUGGAAUCCUACUUACAGUUGAACUGUGAGCGAGGGACGUGGCGAUGUCCAGUAUGCAAUAAAACAGCGUUGCUGGAGGGACUAGAAGUUGACCAGUACAUGUGGGGGAUUCUUAAUGCCAUCCAAAACUCGGAGUUUGAGGAGGUGACCAUAGACCCUUCGUGUAGUUGGAGACCUGUGGCCAUCAAGUCUGAUAUCCACAUCAAGGAGGAUCCAGAUGGACCCAUGGCCAAGAGGUUCAAGUCCAUGAGCCCCACCCAGAUGACCCUGCCCAACGUGAUGGAGAUGAUCGCCCUGCUCGGCCCAGGGCCCUCGCCCUACCCGCCCCAACAGGGGGGCAAUAACAGCGAAUACGGAAGCCAUGGUAACAGUUACCAGGGCCACAGCGGGGGCUUUGACUUCCCCCAUGGGAACCCCGGUUGUACGACCAUGAACGACUUCAUGCACGGCCCCGUUCUGUCCCACCCGCCAAACAUGGCACAGGACAAACCCCUCACACACAGCAUGCCUGACUCUAUACCUCAUCCUGCCAUCACUGACCAGUCCCACAACUUGUUACAGCAUAGCUUACACGCCCAAUCGCACCCAGGCAGCCAAUCGGGACAGCCGUUGCAUCACAGUGGACCUCCUCAGCCGUCACGACAACAGGCUCCGCCCCCACAGCAACAACAGCCCGGCCCUAACAAUCACCCUCUGCAGCACGGUGACCCCUUAGAGGGACUGGGUGGAGGGCUCCCAGAUAUGCCCGAACCUUCCUUGGAUCUCCUUCCAGAGCUGGCUAACCCAGAUGACUUGUUGUCUUACCUCGAUCCUCCAGACCUCCCGAGCAGUAGCAACGAUGACCUUCUCUCGCUCUUCGAAAACAACUGACUCUGAUUCUAGAUCAGUUCAUUUUUAAAAAUGUAUAAAAAAAACACUUCUAGGACUGCCUGGAGUUGGACCUAUAACAUCUGACCUGAGACCUGCUCCAGUACUUGACAAAGAUGCACUCCCUUUCUCCUUUUCCUCUUGUACAGUUUGCAUUGAUUCUCCAGCAGACUGACUGACAGACUGAAUGACUGACAGACUGACUGAACAAUGUUUUAAAACUCAAAAAGACACAGCAGGACAGGGUAGGCAGUGAGUGAUGUCUGCCUCCCUGCAACGCCCCCAUGUGACCAUCGAUGAUACCAGCUAUCUGAUAUUCAGUUCAUUUUGUAUUCUACCAGUGUCUGUGUGCACAUUUAGGAAAGUGUUGAUGCGUUUUUUUUAAAUUCAUAUUUUGUUUCCUUUUAAAGAAAAAAAAGAGGAAUUAAUUAAAUAUAUAAGGGGGAAAAAAACAUAUUGGAAAAACAAAAUGUCCUGCACUACCUGGCCAGUGUGUGUAAUGUUCACGUUAUUGUUUCACCUUAUAAGACACAGCGUCUCAGCUUCCUGUUGUCCCAAACGUUGUCACAGUUACUGUCUGUCUGUGUGUCUGUGUGUCUGUCUGCCUGUCUGUCUGUCUGUCUGUCUGUCUGUCUGUCUGUCUGUCUGUCUGUCUGUCUGUCUGUCUGUCUGUCUGUCUGUCUGUCUGUCUGUCUGUCUGUCUGUCUGUCUGUCUGUCUGUCUGUCUGUCUGUCUGUCUGUCUGUCUGUCUGUCUGUCUGUCUGUCUGUCUGUCUGUCUGUCUGUCUGUCUGUCUGCACAUCAUGUGAAAGCACAAGAUAUAACAACUCAUACAUCUCAAAGGGAACAAAACACAUUUAAAGUGACAGCUUUGUCUAACAUUUACGAGAAACAUUUACGAGAAAUGUGCGAUUUUUGGGGGGGAAAUGUUCAACAGCUCCCACUUUAGUUUCAACAACAACGAAAAAAGAAAACAAAUGUUUUGGUUCAAGUUUUUUUUGUUUUCUUUUGGGAAGUGGAGAGGAAGGAAUCUUCCCUUCUUCUUUUGGGAAGUGGAGAGGAAGGAAUCUUCCCUUCUUCUUUUGGGAAGUGGAGAGGAAGGAAUCUUCCCUUCUUCUUUUGGGAAGUGGAGAGGAAGGAAUCUUCCAUUCUUCUUUUGGGAAGUGGAGAGGAAGGAAUCUUCCCUUCUUCUUUUGAAAUAAAGAGCGAUGGAUGAAACCAAGUGGAGGGAGAAGGCAAUCAUCCUCUUCUAGGAGAGAGAGUCUACCCUACAGCAUAGACAUUUAUAAUCUCCAAUCAGAGAAAUACAUUUUCGUACUGUGACUGUAUCUUGUUUCUUUAUUAUCCUGGACAGAGUAGAGUCACCAAUUGAUUGAUUAAUUGAUAGUCAUCAAUGGUAAAGGAAAGCAGACGUGGGAGAAUGAUGUUUGUUACCAGCGUUAUGGGUCCAUUUGAAUUGAAGGCAGUCAAUUCAGGAAGUUAACUAAAAUUCCAAUUUAAUCAUUAAUUCCAAUUAAAUAAUUAAAACAGGGCAUAUAUUUUCAAUUACUCUCAAUUAGCUGAAAAGGGAGAAGCUAUUUAACUACGUCAACAUAUCACUUCCAGAAUUGAUUGACAUCUAUUUGAAUUGUUCCCAACCCUGUGGGUUACUAUUUGAGUUUCCUGUCAGGCCGAUAUCAAGCCAGUUAGAGCUCCUAUCUUAUACGUCUUUCUUCUCUGCAUGCGCCCCCUGGUGUUGCUCCACUCAUCAUUCUCUCUUAUCUUCUCUUCAUGCAUCGCCUGGUGUUGCUCCUCUUAUCAUUCUCUCUUCUCUUCAUGCACCGCCUGGUGUUGCUCCUCUCAUCAUUCUGUCUUCUGUGCAUGCGCCCCCUGGUGUUGCUCCUCUCAUCAUUCUGUCUUCUCUUCAUGCGCCCCCUGGUGUUGCUCCUCUCAUCAUUCUCUCUUAUCUUCUCUUCAUGCACCGCCUGGUGUUGCUCCUCUUAUCAUUCUCUCUUAUCUUCUCUUCAUGCACCGCCUGGUGUUGCUCCUCUUAUCAUUCUCUCUUAUCUUCUCUGCGUGCACCGCCUGGUGUUGCUCCUCUUAUCAUUCUCUCUUCUCUUCAUGCACCGCCCGGUGUUGCUCCUCUUCCCAUUUUAUAGAGCUGCGUCUCUAGCUCUCCCUGUUGAAUUCUGUUAUUAGUAAUCAUUUUAAAAAGUUCCAGGUGCCAGGCCCUUGUCUGGGGGUGUUCUCCCAGUAGUAAAGAUAGUGUGUGACUGAAAUAGCACGCUGUUCCCUGUAUAGUGCACUACUUUUGAGGGUACUAAGGUACCAUUGCUGACAAAUGUAUGGUGUGCUUUUUAAAGUUGCUGUUAUCACCGCUUUCUGUCUUUCUGUGUGUCUUUUAUUCAACAGUAAUAUUGGAUGGGAUAGUGCUGUUAUCACAGCACACUGAUAUUAUGGGUUAAAAUUGGCUUUCGUUUUGUUUCUACUAGCUUUUUGUUGCUGGAAAUUGUGACUUCAUCAAACAUUGUGAAAAUGCUUAUCAUAACCAAAGAGGGAUUGGGAAGUGUGUGUGCGUGCGUGCGUGUGUGUGGUGUGUGUGGUGUGUGUGUGUGUGCGCGUAUGUGUGCGUGCGUGUGUGCUUGCGUGCGUGCGCGUGUGUGUGUGCGCGUGUGUGUGUGUGGUGUGUGUGUGUGCGUGCUGGUAGUUAUCCUUCAUUUCAAAGAUAUCGAGGAAAACUAGCAGGGAUCAUCCGUCAGUCACCACUGUUGUAACGAACGUUUGUUUUUAAGUUCACUUCAUGACAAGAGUGUUGUUGAGUAUGCAAAUGUAUUAUUUUUAAAGAAAAGCUAUUGUAAAUAUAAUUUGUGAAUAUUUUUA